ACUUUUCGACGUAAAUUUUUUUGUUUGUUAUUAAUUUAUUUUGGAGUAAAAUUUUUUUUACAUUUAAUUUAUAUCAAAGUUACUACCAUGACGCAGGAAAGCAAGAAGAAUUUGAUUGGUUAUGUAUCUAAAACCCCAGCGCCUAUUCAAGAUCGAGAAAAACGUGUGACCUAUUGUACAGAUCUAGAAAAAUCUGUUAUUAUGACGAACUUCGAACGACGUGGAUGGAUCCAAGUCGGCCCAGAGGAUGAAUGGAACUUCUACUGGUCUUUUACACAAAACUGUCGUUCCAUUUUCAGUUCUGAAAGUGGAUACCGAAUGAACGAUAAUCAGCUCAUUAACCACUUUCCGAACCAUUACGAGAUAUCACGCAAAGAUUUGCUAGUAAAAAAUAUAAAACGGUAUCGCAAAGAACUAGAGCGAGAAGGUAAUCCAUUAGCUGAUAAAACCGAGCUCACUCUACCGAACGGGCAAAUCGUAACUCGCUACAUACAUCUAGAUUUUAUACCCGUGACGUAUGUAUUACCGGCUGACUACAAUAUGUUUGUCGAAGAAUAUAGAAAGUCCCCCCAAAGUACUUGGAUAAUGAAACCCUGCGGCAAAUCACAAGGUGCUGGUAUAUUUCUUAUAAAUAAAUUGUCGAAGCUUAAAAAGUGGUCACGUGAAGCUAAGGCACCACUUCACCCGCAGCUCGGAGGCAAGGAAUGUUACGUUAUAUCUCGAUAUAUAGACAACCCGUUAUUGAUUGGUGGAAAGAAAUUUGAUUUAAGACUUUACGUGCUGGUCACGUCAUUUCGACCUCUAAAAGCUUAUUUGUUUCAGCAUGGUUUUUGCAGAUUCUGUACUGUAAAGUACGAUACAAGUGUCACUGAAUUGGAUAACAUGUAUGUACAUUUAACUAAUGUAAGCGUACAAAAGCACGGCGGAGAUUACAACAGUUUACAUGGAGGGAAAAUGAGUAUUCAAAACUUUCGCCUGUAUUUAGAGGGGACGCGAGGACGAUCAGUUACGGAAAAACUGUUCGCAGAUAUGCAAUGGCUAAUAGUACAUUCAUUAAAAGCAGUCGCUCCUGUAAUGGCUAACGACCGUCAUUGUUUUGAGUGUUACGGAUACGAUAUAAUUAUCGAUAGUACGUUAAAACCGUGGCUUAUAGAAGUAAAUGCAUCCCCGUCUUUGCAGUCCACGACACACAAUGACCGAAUAUUAAAAUACAAAUUGAUAGACAAUAUUGUUUCUGUUGUCGUGCCCCCCGAUGGAAUACCUGAUGCAAGAUGGAAUAAAAUUCCUAGCGAAGCAGCCUUGGGCGAUUUCGAUGUUUUGAUUGACGAAGAGUUGAUUGAAAGAGAAGAUGCUAACUCAAGAUAUUACAAGUACCACCGUUCAAAGCAAUGAAAAUUCUGUUUUAAUUUAUUAAAUAACUAUUUUUAAAUUAUACUAUUUAUUAUAAUAUUUAAAAAAAAAUAAAAAUCAUAAAACUAUA